AUGCGAAAUUGCUUUAAAGGUGAACGAUGGCUGUGUGUUGAAGGGGUACUAUCAGAGAAGUCUGUUAACUGUGCAUUUUUCUUGGUUUAUGGGGCUCACAUUAGAGAUGAGAAACGUGUUGUGUGGGAGGAGCUGAGUUACAUGGCUGGCUUAUGUCCAGGCGCCUGUUGUUUUCUGGGGGACUUUCAUGAGAUUGCCCAAGUGGAAGAAAGGCGAGGUCUAGAGAGCUUAUCUCUGUCGGCACAGGACUAUAAGGUUUGGGUACAUGACAUGGGUUUGGUGGACCUGCCAAUUUCAGACCGUAAGUUUACAUGGUUCAGAGGACAGUCAUGUAGCCGUAUUGACAGAGUUUUGGUUAGCUUGGAAUGGCUUGAGGCAUUCCCGGAGACUCGUUUGAGAGGUGGGUCACGGGGGUUGUCAGAUCACUGUCCUAUCAUAGUGGAAGAGAAGAGACUAAGAGUUGGACCGAGGCCGUUUCGAAGUCUAGAUUCGUGGUUUACUCAUGAAGGGUUUCUAAGGAUGGUCAAGGAGGAAUGGAGAGGGCUGGGAGAGAUACAAUUCACUGAUAAACUGAAGGCAUUGACGGUUCCUUUGGGGAGAUGGCACAGAGACAACUUUGGUGAUAUGGACAGGAAAAUUUUGAAGUUUGAGGAAGAGAUACAGAAGAUUGAUGACAUGAUUGGGAAUGGAAACUAUGAUGAGACAGUGGAAGCAAGAAGGAAGGCGUUAGUUAAGUGCUGUGAGAAAUGGUAUUUGAGGAAAGAAUUACAUUGGAAGCAGAUGUCAAGGUCGAGGCUUGCAAGGGACAUGGAUAAAAAUACGAGAUACUUUCAUAACUUAGCUUCGGCGAGAAGGCGAAAUAACAGGAUUGAUACAUUAGCUAUUAAUGGAAGAUUGAUAAGGAAUCAAGCUAGGAUUCAAACUGCCAUCAGAGAGUUUUACAAAGAGUUAUAUCAUCAAGAGAGGUCCCCUGAGAUGGGCAAAUUCAGCUCUUCUGUUUAA